GGGAGAGAGAGGGAGGAAAGACGAAGAAACAAAAGGGCCUUUGCUUCCUUCUCUCCCCGACACACAAAUACCCCGCCUUCCAAAAUUUGUCAUUGUUUCUCUCGGUCUCUCUGCAAUCAAAGCUCAAAGCUUUUUUUAAGCUCUCUUUCUUUAAUAAAAUUCGUGGGACUGUAUAAGGCGCUUUCUCUGUAGGUACGAAUCCAAAGAGUCUUCCAAUUGUCGCCACUGUUUCGCCCUGAGCUCGCCCGUGAAUCUUGUGCUUGCAAAAUCGUAUAUUUGAGGCGAAUUUGAUUCAUUUAUAGGAGGUCAAUUAGGUUUUGGAUCUGAAACUAUGUGAAUUUCUGUUGAUGUGGGUAAUUUAGGUGAUUAUAGAGGAGUAUUCCAGUGGAUUAAAGUUGUUUUUUUGAAAAAAAAAAUAAAUUUGGAGUGAUUGGGGUAAUUUAUUAAAUUUUGAAUUUGAAUUUUAAUGGGGGAAGGAGAGGGAGGCGAUUUGCCUCAGAAGAAGGUUCAAUCAGAUGUGGCGGCGAGUGGUUCGGCGUCUUCGGAGGUUCCGACGAAGAAACUAGCGAGGCAGCUCGAUUUCACGGGUUAUGGUGGGGCGUCUGUGAGUGUUGUGUUGCCGGACCACCCUCAGUCUCAGACUCAGACACAGUCACAGCCUAUAUCCAAGGCACAACCAGUGACGGUGCCGCAGACUUUGGCUCAGAGUCCGCCACAGUCGUCGCCGCAGCCGCAGGUUGCGACCGUGCCGGUGCCGCCUCAACCACCUAUUCCUUCUGCGAGGGUUGUAAAACCAGAAUCCCCAAAAUCUAGAUCAAGACCCAAUGAUGCAAAAGAUGGUACUCCCAAGAAGCAAAAACAAUGCAAUUGUAGGCACUCAAGGUGCCUAAAGUUGUAUUGUGAGUGUUUUGCAUCUGGAAUAUACUGUGAUGGCUGCAACUGUGUUAAUUGUUACAAUAAUGUUGAAAAUGAAGCUGCUAGACGAGAAGCAGUGGAAGCUACUUUAGAGCGCAAUCCAAAUGCAUUCAGGCCUAAGAUUGCCAGCAGCCCACAUGGAACACGUGAUAAUCGGGAGGAGGCUGGGGAGGUUUUGAUUUUGGGAAAGCACAACAAAGGAUGCCAUUGCAAGAAAUCAGGGUGCCUCAAGAAAUAUUGUGAGUGCUUCCAAGCAAACAUUCUCUGCUCUGAAAAUUGUAAGUGCUUGGACUGCAAAAAUUUUGAAGGAAGUGAAGAGAGACAAGCUCUAUUUCAUGGAGACCAUGGCAACAACAUAGCAUUUAUUCAACAGGCAGCAAAUGCUGCCAUUACUGGAGCUAUUGGGUCUUCUGGAUAUGCAUCUCCUCCAGUAACUAAGAAAAGAAAAGGUCAGGAACUUUUCUUUGGACCAGCAGCCAAGGAUCCAUCCAUUAACAGGCUUGGACAAUUUCAACAGGCAAACCAUCUGAAAGCUCCUGCACCUGCUUCGUUGUCUUCACCUCCAGUUGCUCGAGUUGGUAGUACUGCAGGAUUGGGUCCUUCCAAAUUUACGUACAGGUCUCUUUUAGCAGACAUCAUCCAACCACAGGACUUGAAAGAGCUUUGCUCAGUUUUGGUUGUACUAUCAGGAGAAGCCGCUAAAGCACAUGCAGACCAGAGAAAUACUGCAGAAAAGCGAGCAGAGGAUCAGACUGAAACUUCCCUUGCUUCAACAACUCAAGACGUGUUGCAGAACCAGAAGGAAUCUGAUGCCGAGAAAGCUGUAGCCGAUGAUUGUUCUAGUGCAAACCAGGCAGACAAAACUGGUCCUGAUGAUUGCAGUUCAGAUGGUGCAGAUGCACCAAAAGGGAGGCCAAUGUCUCCUGAAACCUUGGCGUUGAUGUGUGACGAACAAGAUACAAUGUUCAUGGCCACAGCUUCCCCUAAUGGGAUGGGACAUGGUUGCAACACAUCUUCACAGGUACCUUAUGGGCAAGGCAUGACAGAGGUCUAUGCAGAACAGGAAAGGAUUGUUUUGUCAAAGUUUCGAGACUGUCUUACUAGGCUCAUUGCAUUAGGAGAAAUAAAAGAAACCAAGUGCUCAUCGUUAGCAAGAAGUGAGGCGGUAACUCAAAAAGAUUCAAUUAGCGACAGCACUAUAAAUGCCAAAACCGAUGCAGGGAAUAAUCAGGGACCUAUUAGCAAUGGUGUUGCAAAAAGUAUAGUUAUACCCACAGCCAAAACGUCACAAACGGUUACUGCAACAGUAGCAGCACCUAGUAAUGAUCAUCAGAAACUUCCAACCUUCCCUGAAAACGGGGAUAGCAGACCAAAAGACUGAAUAAAUAAAAAAAUGUAAAAAAGAUUUUAGCACAGAAGAUUGACCCGAGGUCUGUUACUGCGUCUCUGUAGUACUGCAUUAUUUAAACAUGUCCAUGAUGCAGUGGCAAGACACUGUUGGUCCCCAUUGUUAGAAUUAUCUAAUUUUUUUUUCCUUCUUCUUACGCCAUUAAUAUAUCUCUUAAUUAGUUUAUCAGCUUCAACCAUAAUUCGAGCACUAAGUCGGUGUAAAAUGCCGAGCUUUGUAAUUUUUACAAGAUGUCAGUUAGUUGUUAACAUACCAAA